UCCGAGCUGAAACAGGAGGGAGAUCUUUCUUCCCAAAAACCCGGCUGAUUCCAGCCGGUCGAAGAGCCCUUUCUCGCCAAAAGACAGUUGUUGUUUUUUCGAUUUUUGCUGGGCUGGUUCACACCACAAAAGCAUCGAUUCCUCCGGGCGUCAUGGCGGCGCCCCGACGGCGCACGUCGGCGGAGCUCCAAGUGAACGGCGGCCUAAUGCCGCCGUCGGCGCACGUGAUCGCCUCUCCCCGAGGCAGCGGCAGCGGUGGCGCGCCCUGCCGAGAGGAACACGCUGUGACCGCGAACGGCGGCGGCCCGGCGCUCCGGGGAGCGAAGCCAAGAGGCGGCGGCAGCGUAUGCUCCGCCACCAAGACCUCCGACAGGAGGCGGCCGGCGGGGCGCAUGCCACUAUGGCGAGUCUUCAUCUUUGCGUCUGUCGCAUUGAAUGUCGCCGCACUCCCGCUCCUACUCCACCAGUACAUCGUCAGCCACCCGCACCACCCCGGUGUCAUCUCUCCUGAUCAGCAACAUCACGCCUGCGCCCCGCCGCCGGGCACGAGCGGCGCGGCGGCGAGGGCGCCGUCGACCGGGAAGCCUUCAGUAACCUCCGAUUCUGUUAUUAAUCUAGACCACGGGGACCCGACCAUGUUUGAGGCCUUCUGGCGGGAGACCGGCGACGCGGCGGAGCUCGUAAUCCCGGGGUGGCAGACGAUGUCCUACUUUUCGGACGUUGGCAACGUAUGCUGGUUCAUGGAGCCUCUGUUCGACCAGCAGGUGCGGCGGCUCCACCGCACCGUCGGCAACGCCGCCGUGGACGGCUACCACGUCCUCGUCGGCACCGGAUCCACGCAGCUCUUCAUGGCGGCGCUCUACGCCCUGUCGCCCGCCGACGCCGCCGAGCCCACCAGCGUCGUCUCCACGGCGCCCUACUACUCGACAGCGAACAGACUUCGGCGUCCGGACAGAGCGUAUGAACCCAACGGUGCUGCUUCAUUUGGUGACAUGUUCACCCCGGCAUAUCGUCGAACAGCUAGUGGGGGCGGUACGGCCGCUGCAGAGCGCAGCGAGCGGAGCAGCACUGCCUUGGGGUCGAGCGGCGAGCGCGUACGUCAGCUCCAGGAGCGUGAUGCCGAAGCUGAGAAAGGCGGGCGCGGCGAGGUGAACGGCGCGGGCGGCAUGUGCACGGCGAGCGUGUACGUGAGCUCCAGGAGCGCGAUGCCAAAGCCGAGAAAGGCGGGGGGCGGCGAAGGUUGCCAAGGAUCGGCACGGCGAGGUGAACGGCGUGGGCGGCAUGUGCGCGGCGCGCGUGUUGCAGCUCACCCGCGAGCUAGGGCUCAACUCCGACGGGCAGACUGUGGAGUGGCUACUCAGCCAGGCCGGGCCCUCCAUCCUGGCCGCCACCGGCUCCGGCACCACCCCGUCGUCUUCUCCUGCUCCUCCGCGCCCUCCACUGCCGCCGUCUUCCUCCUCAGGAAGUGCCCGCGAGAGGAUCACGAGGUGGCGCCAUCCUUCUGGAGCAUGGGCGACGAGCUCUGGCAGCACCUGCUGCUGGCCCGCGAGAGGACCACCGGCUCCGGCACGGGCGACGAGCUCGAGCAGCACCUGCUGCUGCCCCGCGACCAUGGCGACAAGCGCGAGCACAACACGGUGGAGCACGGACGCUGGUUCGGCCGUCGCUGUCGUGCCCAAGUUCUUCGGCGGCUGGAGCAGCAGCAGGGCGCCAUGCCGGAGCUCGUCGUGCAGGGCAGCAGCACGCACGAGUACCCGGGGAGGGCGACGACGACAGGGCAGUGGAGUGGCUGACCUUCGGCAGCGGCGUCGAGGUGGACUAGUGGGCAUCCAUGGUCGGCAUCGGUGGGGGAGAAAUAGAGAAAAGAGGAGAGAGAGAGGGAUGUGUGGGUGGGUGGCCCCCUCUUGUUUCGAUGACAAACGGGCCAUGGCUCACAUGCAACGGAUAGCCGGACCACAUGGAUUCAGAAAACGCCCAGAUUUUGUUUGCUUUGGACCCAAAUUUAGAACGAAAAUGGAUCCGAGCGACACAGAGCGGGUAGAAAAAUAGGAUGGGUCGCUGCGUUGGGCCAUCGUAUUUGUCCGUUUAGACUUAAACGAAUACGCAUGGACAAAAUGAGGUCGUGUUGAAGUUGGCCUAAUAGUCUCCGUACUCAUCCUGCUGCAAGCACAGACGAUGGGCCGUCCGGGCACCAUGCCAACGGUCUCAUCUGUCUGGGCAACGUGCCAAUGGUCUCAGGCGGGAGACUAUUGUCCAUAGUAAAAUGGCUCUCUGACCCGCGGGUGUCGCAGCAGUCACCACGUCGAGGAGGUCCCAUUGCUUGCUGCAGGAGCAACAUGCCUCCAUCAAUGUCAUGGACGGAGCUUCAGUGCCGUAACUGCACCUGUAGUUGGGUCACUGACAUGUGAGCCUAACAGACAGCUGGCCCACAUGUCAAUGACCCAACUGCAUGUGCAGUUACGACACCGAAGCAGCGUCCCGAUGUCAUAGUCGUCGCCAUAGGCGCUGAGGCGGCCGUGCUCCUGGCGUCGAGAACAACAUGUUGGUGCCAUACCCGUCGCCAUGGACGCUGAGGAGCGGCGCUGCACAAGAGCAACAUGCCAUCGUCCAUGGUGUCGCAGCCGUCGCCACCAUGGGUGCCGAGGAGGUCAUGCCGCUCACGCCUGAGAACAACACGCCGCCGUCC